AUGGCAUUUUGUAGGAAACUGAAGAACUUUGUGAGACGCUAUUCAAAUGCAGUGGUUAAAGUUAGAGAAGCCACAUCGAAUGAUCCCUGGGGACCUUCAGGAACUCUGUUGUGGGAAAUAGCAAACAUGACUUACCAAACUGAGUCAUUGCCAGAGAUCAUGCAAAUGUUGUGGCAGCGAAUGAAUGACAAUGGAAAAAACUGGCGGCAUGUCUACAAAUCUCUAACACUUCUUGAUUUCUUAAUCAAGAAUGGGUCCAAACGACUCAUUAAGCAUUGCUACGAAAAUAUAUAUUUCAUUUAUCUUUUGAAAGAUUUUAAAUACAUUGAUGAAGCUGGAAGAGAUCAAGGCAUUCAUGUGCAAAGAAAGUCAAGAAUAAUUAUGGACUUUUUGUUGACUAAAGAGAAAUUACAUUUGGAGCGUGAAAAAGCUGAAACAAUGAGAAUGAGAAUGUUGCAAAUCUUUUCAUUUGGCAGUCAAGAUAGUCAAUGGGACGCAGCCUCCAGUAAUUAUCUGGGAACACUACCAGUAACUAAGAUUCCAGAGCAUGUUCUUCAGGAAGAGAGCAUUUCAAGCCAUAGUUCUAAUGUGGAAAAUGUUCAGCUUUCUGCAGCAUAA